AUCAAACAAAAAACUCAGUCUUCGAUCACAGUUCAGAAUUAGUAAAUUAUCGCGAUGGCAUUAAAAUUGCUUGUUGGCCAAAAAAUUAUGAACGAGGUGGUCCGCUACAAUGGAUCACCGAGUAAGAUUAAUCCCAAUGGAAAACCUGGCACAGAGUGGAGGAUUUUGAUUGUUGAUAAACUCGCAAUGCGUAUGGUUUCAGCAUGUACCAAAAUGCAUGAGAUAAGCGCCGAAGGCAUAACUUUGGUUGAAGAUAUUAACAAAAAACGAGAACCAUUACCAGCGAUACAAGCAGUAUAUUUAAUCACUCCAUCCGAAGAUUCUAUUAGGUUGCUGAUGAGGGAUUUCGAGAACCCCGCCAAGCCAACAUAUAAAUCCGCUCAUGUAUUCUUCACUGAAGUAUGUCCUGAGGAACUUUUCAACGAUAUUUGCAAAUCUGUAGUUUCCAGAAAGAUCAAAACACUAAAAGAAAUAAAUAUUGCUUUCCUUCCCUAUGAAUCCCAGGUAUUUUCACUCGAUUCUCCGUUUACAUUCCAAUGUGCUUACUCACCGGCCCACGCUUCAGAAAGAGGCAGCAACAUGGAACGUAUCGCUGAGCAGAUUGCUACACUUUGCGCCACUCUUGGAGAGUACCCAUCGGUACGAUACCGGACCGAGGGGGAAGGCAACAUGGAACUGGCCCAAAUGGUACAACAAAAGCUAGAUGCGUACAAAGCAGAUGAACCAACGAUGGGUGAAGGUCCAGAAAAGGCUAGAUCUCAACUGUUAAUUAUAGACCGCGGCUUCGACUGUGUUUCUCCGUUAUUGCAUGAACUGACAUUGCAAGCAAUGGCGUACGAUUUGCUUCAAAUUGUCAAUGAUGUAUAUAAGUUCGUUCCAUCACCGAAUGCCGCCGAAAAGGAAGUUCUUUUGGACGAAAAUGACGACUUGUGGGUUGAUCUACGCCACCAGCAUAUUGCAGUUGUGUCACAUAGUGUUACACAGUAUUUGAAAACAUUUACUGAAUCCAAGAGAAUCACCCAGACUGAAAAACAGUCAAUGAAAGAUCUUUCACAAAUGAUCAAAAAAAUGCCACAGUAUCAGAAACAAUUAUCCAAAUAUUCCACUCAUCUACAUCUGGCUGAGGAUUGUAUGAAAACGUACCAGGGAUAUGUAGACAAACUUUGCAAGGUAGAGCAAGAUUUGGCCAUGGGCACUGAUGCCGAAGGAGAAAAAAUUAAAGAUCAUAUGCGGAACAUCGUGCCAAUUUUGUUGGAGCAGGCGGUGUCCAAUUACGACAAAGUUCGCAUUAUUGCCCUGUAUGUCAUGAUUAAAAAUGGUAUUUCCGAAGAAAAUCUGACAAAACUGAUUACGCAUGCCCAAAUAGAACCAAAGGAAAGGGAAAUGAUCACCAACUUGCACUAUUUGGGAAUCAACGUUAUUGCUGACGGUAACCGUAAGAAGGCAUACAAUGUACCAAGGAAAGAGCGUUUAAACGAACAUACCUAUCAAAUGUCCAGAUGGACCCCGGUCAUCAAAGACCUCAUGGAAGAUUCCAUUGAUAACAAACUAGACGAACGGCAGUUUCCCUUCCUUGGUGGACGCAAAACAGCCGGAUUCCAUGCACCAACCAGCAGUGCGCGAUACGGCCAUUGGCAUAAGGACAAAUCCCAGACGGCGGUCAAAAAUGUUCCACGCCUAAUUGUGUUCGUCAUUGGUGGUGUAAGCUACUCGGAAAUCCGUUGCGCCUACGAGGUGACGGCUGCAGUAAAAAAUUGGGAAGUCUACAUUGGCUCAUCACACAUCUUAACACCAACAACUUUCCUCGAAGACCUGGGUAAAUUGAACAAGGAGUAAAGUCAAUACAAGCUUAAAACGUUACAUUUAGAUAAUCUUAACGGACCUGUACGCUACAUUAAUUCAAUUAAAUGUGCAUGUUUCGAAAUAAUUAAACUAAUAUCAAAAAUGAUUCAAUUUAACAUUUACGAAGUUGUUGGCUUUGUUAUUAUUUAGUGUUCUGUACAUACAUAAAACGCGGAAAUGAAUACAUAAGGCAUUUAAUAAUUCAUUUAUUCCAGCUUAGGUAUAAUCAACAGUCUAAUAGCUUGUAUCUUCAUAAAAAGUUUUUACAUUUAUAAGUAGUAUUUUAAUAGCUGUCCGGAAGAUAAGGAUAGAAUUGUGUUAAUAGGACAGCAUCUAUUCAAUUAAUCAAACGCAUUGAAUAUAUAGAAGUGUACCUA